CGCGAACGCAUCGCGCGUCGCGCGCGCGCGUCGCAUGCGCGCGACGCGGAGUGUCGAUUCGAAUGACUUUUGCGAAUUCAAAUCGCAUCGCGACAGCUCGCGACGCGUCGCGUCGCGUCUAUCGCGCGUCGCGCGCGUCUCGGCGUCGCGCGCGAGCGAUAUGUCGGUCGAGGACCUGCGCGCGCGAUUCGGGCUGCCGCGCGGCGCGAGCAGCGCGGCGCUCGAGCGCGCGCUGCGACAGAUGCGCGACGGCGACGACGACCGCGCGACGACGACGGCGACGACGAACGCGCGGGCGAGCGACGGCGAGACGACGGCGCUGCGGCGAGAGUGCGAGACGCUGCGGCGCGAGAAUCGCGCGCUGCGACACGCGCGCGUGCGAGCGACGGUGCGCGCGACGGCGUCGACGACGCGAAGGGCGCGCGAGGAGACGCGCGCGGACGCGUCGACGGCGACGCGCGACGACGGCGACGACGCGCGAGCGCUCGAGAGGAUCGCGGCGCUCGAGGCGCGAUUGAAGACGGCGCGCGAGGAGAUGCGCGCGCUGGAGGAUCGAGAGAAAGAGCUCAGAGGGGCGCUUGGGAAGGCGGAGGCGAUCGCGGACGCGGAGGCGGAGGAAAAGCUGGCGCUGCGAAAACGGUUGACGGAGACGCUCGGCGAACGCGCGGCGCUGAAAGUGGAGUGCGAGACGCAGCGCGAGACGAUCGAGUCGAUGCGCGCGAACGAGCGGCGUCUGCGAGACGACGCGCUCGAGCUGGAAAAGCGGCUCGCGCGCGCGGCGUCGACGCGGGAAACGUGUAGAAAGACGGCGCGCGCGCUCGAGGCGAGCGAACGAGAAUCCGCCGAGCGAGGCGAGCGACUCGCGCUCGUCGAAGCCGAGUGCGUCAUGCUCGCCGAAAUGGUUCGGGAGAUGAAUAAAUUAUCUGGCGUCGAUCCGCGCGAGUUCAUGGCGGUCGCCGAGCGCGCGCUGCUCGGCGCGGACGUCGCUCCGGUCGCGCCGUCGUCCGAGCGUUCGCCGUCGCCCGCGGCGAGCGACGACGGUUACGCCACGCCCGACGAAGACGAUUUCCCGAGUCCUCCGAUAUCCGGCAUAGUCCAACGCGGCACUCCCGACAGCGCGGGGAGCACCGCGUUUAAUUUUUAA